CCACCCCCGCCGGGCAUCGCAGGCAACCUGACCCAGUCACCAGCAGGCCACUCCGUGCUCUCGCGGAAACACUGGAAGCAAGCAAGCAGCAGAGCGAGGCGAGGAGGAGGAGCAGGCCGCGAAGGCGAGCUCGACUGAUCUGAUCCCUUCUUCCCUCCAGCGGCAAUCGACGGGAGGAACGGGGUCGCGGCCGGCCGCCAUGGAGGAAGCGGGGAGGGGGAGAGGCUGCGGCUUGCUCAAGGUGGUUGUGGCGCGCGGCCGCAGCCUCGCCGUCAGGGACUUCACCUCCAGCGACCCGUACGUCAUCGUCCGCGCCGCCGACACGACUGCAAAGACAAAAGUCAUCAACAGUUGCCUGAAUCCAGUUUGGAAUGAAGAGAUGAUAUUCUCCAUGAAAGAGCCAGUAGGAGUCAUCAAAUUUGAGGUGUUCGACUGGGACCGAUUCAAGUACGACGACAAGAUGGGGCACGCCUUCCUGGACCUGCAGCCUGUGGCAGUGGCGACGAAGCUGCGGCGAGCGCUGCGACUCACUGCAGGAGAGACCAAGCUCCGGAAGGUAGCCCCUGACGCCGAUAACUGCCUGCUCUCCGACAGCUUCGUGACGUACGCCAACGGGGAGGUCGCGCUAGAUGCCUGGCUGAGGCUGCGUGACGUCGAGUCUGGCGAGCUGUUCAUCACAGUUAAGUGGAUCGAAGCUGAAGACACGAAAUGAUCACAGCCCAGGAGACCAUUAACGAUGCAUUUUUGCUUGCAAUGCAACCGUAGAUGACAUGACGUUGGUGUAGGGGUGGUUCUCUUGUGGUGCCCUUGUGUGAUUUAUUACUGUGUUAUUUCUUCUUUCUUUGUGUGUGUGCACUGUCUGAUCUGAAUGUAAAUUUUUCCAGACAGUUCUUAACAGAACAAGUAGUGUCAAAUGUACCCGGAACGGUAUUCUGCAUCACAGCGCCUUGGAUGCAGCACACUGUUUAUGUUGAUUGAGGGGUGAGAUUAUUAAGAUCAAGGGGAAACUGAUGCAUCAGGACAGCCACCCAUAAUUUGGACA